AUCUAUUUCUCCUGCAGACAUCUGUGCAGAAUAGAAUGUCGGAAUCGGAAAUAACGUUUGACGAGGAAUUCUCCCCUGAUUUAUUCUCGGAUGUGGAAUGCUCGACAAGCGCAAAUACCGCUGUUAUUUCAGAUUCAAGUUCCAUGUCCAUUGGUAUUAAUGAGCCAGAACCCUCUGACGAUAUACCCGAAUGGAAAGGUAUGGACAUGGAUGAGAUACGUAAGGGCCUCGGUACAUACGAGUACCAAGAACAUCCACCAAUCGUUGCAUCCUCGCAUCACACAGUGUUGUUUACGUUACCUCUACUAGCACGCGGAGCGCCAAAGCCAUAUCCGACGCAUCCGAUAGACAAAUGGAGCCAGGGCUAUGUACGAAUGCCACAUUCAGCGCACAGCUUGUAUCCUAUAGAGCAAAAAAGUGGAAGCCGCUGUUGUCGAAAUAGGUGGGAAAUGAUUCAGGAAGCCUUGCUGAGGACCAUUCUCUCCAGCCAACAAUUAGAGGACGCUAUACUCUCGUACAAUCAAAUAUACGCGCAACGCUGGAACUUUGCGGCGCUCCAUCAUUUUUUCUCGGAGGUUUUAGAUUCCGGAGAGUCGACUAUCUUCUUCGAGACUCUGAUGCCUAAACUAGUGCAGCUUGCCUUGCAACUUCCCGUACUGUUGACUGGCGCCGUACCGCUCUUGAAGCGUCACACCAAUGGAUCCAUCAGCCUGAGUCAAUUACAAGUGGCUUCACUGCUGGCGAAUGCGUUCUUUUGUACAUUUCCUAGACGCAAUUCUAGCAAUCCGCAGUCCGAGUAUGCGACGUAUCCGUAUAUUAACUUUAACAGAUUGUUUGCUGCAUACAGCGAAGAGAAGCAGUGCGCCCCAGUGAUGGAGAAGAUCAAAUGCCUCCUCCACUACUUCAGGAGGGUGACAUCUAAAUCACCGGAAGGUGUAAUAACAAUUCAACGACGUUACAUUCCACCGGAAGACUGUCCGAAAUGGAGUCUGCAGGAUCAGAAGCUGCUGCCGUUGCACAUAACGAGCAAAGGAACCAUUGAGAAUGAGGGAGCUGGGCUGCUUCAAGUGGACUUCGCGAAUAAAUACGUGGGCGGAGGCGUGCUAAGCCUAGGUUGCGUGCAAGAAGAGAUACGCUUUGUCAUAUGCCCGGAACUUCUGGUCACCAUGUUGGUCACGGAGGAACUGGACGACACGGAAGCGCUCGUCGUCAGUGGCAUCGAGCGUUACAGCAAGUACGAGGGUUACAGUAAUACCUUCAAGUGGAAAGGAAAUUUCGUCGAUGAGACACCGAGAGACAGCAGCGGCAGGCGUAUGACGUCGAUUGUCGCCAUCGACGCCCUUUACUUCAGGCAGUCCUCCGUACAGUUUAACCUGGACAACGUAACUCGUGAACUUAACAAGGCUUACGUUGGAUUUGUCGGAUCUGACGUGUGUAAAGAUAAUCUGCCCGCCAUCGCAACGGGAAACUGGGGAUGCGGAGCGUUCCGCGGGGACCCGAAGUUGAAAGUGCUGAUACAACUGAUGGCAGCUGCGGUUGCGGGCCGAUCCAUCGUCUAUUUCACGUUCGGAGAUACGCAGCUGAGGGACGAUGUAGCAACGAUGUACGCGCACCUGGUUCAGCACGAUAUCGAUAUAGCACGACUUUAUUCAAUGCUGUCGGAAUAUCGUCGAGAAUUUGCGUCAAGUGUACACUCGGAUUUUUAUCGUUUCUUGUACAACAGAAGUAGGAUAAAGCCGUUGAAUAAAUAUUUCUUGACGAAGACUGAAAGUCCUUCGGCAAAUAUUUCGAAUAAAUGCUUGAAAGAUACUUUACUGAAAAAGAACAAAGUUGUUUCAAACAAGGAUAUUGAUAACAAGCGAUAUCUUUACUCAAAAGCUAAGGAGGAGGAAAUUGCAGAAGAGAGAAAGAUACUUAAUUGGAUAGCAAAUUGCGAGGAUGAGAGCGACGAUAAUGCUGAACGCGAUACUAAAAACAAAUGCAACGAGACGACCGAGAGCAAUCCAAAAGAAAUGACCAAUUCUAAAACCAACAAUUUUGAACAUAAUCAAUUUGCAGAUAAUAUCGUUGAAGGGGAGAAGCAGAAAACGGAGACAGUAUUUGGAUCUAGUCCAUCAAGAGAUAUGAACGAAAAGUUCUGGGACAUUUUGGCAUUUACGCAACAGGUAUCAAGAUUAAUGGUGUCCGAAAUCCGAAGGAGAGCGAGCAACCAGAGCACCGAGACAGCAAGUUGUGCCAUCGUGAAGUUUCUGGAGAUUGAGAACAGCGAAGAGUCGAGCAACGGCUGGAUGCUGCUGUCCGCGUUGAAUCUGCUAGCAGCGGGGGAUACCUCCCUGAUACAAGCCAUGACUGCUGCCUCGGUUCCGUCGACGCUAGUGAAAUGUUUAUACCUGUUCUGCGAUCUACCGGAGAUGAAUGAGGAGGACGCUGAUGUUACAGAUGCAAAUAGCGAAUUUAGUCCCAGAGAGCGUAGGAUACUAUUGCAAAAAAUAUUUGUUCAGUUACUGGUGAGAUUGUGUAGCCACCCGUAUCCCGCGGAGGAGCUUGCCCGUAAGGACGAUCUUAAGUUACUGUUCUCAGUGAUAACCAGUUGGUGUCCGCAGUACAAUAUUAUGUGGCGUAACAGUGCCGCUGAAGUUUUGACGACAUUAUCUCGACACGGUCUUACGCAGAAUGUAGUAGCCUAUAUUCAUAAUAAAGGAUGCAUAGCAGUCUGCAUCGAUAAUAUGCAACGUGUACCUGAACUGGCACCAUUAGAAAUUGUAGAAAUGUUCGUAACGGUAUCCUGUUUUCUAAAAGAUUCCAGCGAGGUAUCUCAGACACUGCUAGAUGACUUUCGUGCUUGUCAGGGCUACAUCUUCCUGUCCGAGUUUCUAUUAAAACAAGCGCCGUCUAGAUUGGAGCAAGAGGGCAGGGCAGAAGCGCAGAAUGCUAUCCGAAAUUUGGUACUAAUGUUAGCGUCUUUAACGAAGUGUGGUCACACCGAGCUGAAGCCCAGUCAAGCUAGCAUGGGAUCUUUGUUUCAAAUGCUUGAAUUCACCCUACCGCAACCCAGUAAUCGAGGUGAGAGCGUUCGAAAUAUUCAAGCGUUCCAAGUGCUGCAGUCGCUGUUCGUGAAGUCCAACUCGCCGUUCUUGUGCUGCACCAUACUCGACGCGAUAUCUAACGUGUACCACAGCGACAACGCGAAUUAUUUUAUUCUCGAGGGGCAGAACACGUUGUCCCAGUUCGCGGAGAAGAUUCACUUGAAGAAUCCCGAGAUACAGGAGAAAUUCUUUCAGCUGCUGGAAUUCAUCGUUUUCCAACUUAAUUUCGUGCCGUGCAAGGAGCUUAUAUCCCUGUCCAUCUUGCUGAAAACAAACAAUUCGAUCUCUUGCAGUAUUAUGUGUAUGGGAACUCUCCUCAAUAUACUCAGAUACAAUCCUAUAUUUAAAGAUGUUUAUAGAGAAGUCGGUAUGCUAGAAGUUUUCGUGACUUGUCUUCAUCGAUACGCAACGUUGCUUAAGGACAAACAAGCUGCGGUUGAUCAAGGAUUAGAAUAUACGAUAUGCCCCGAGGAUGAACGGUUGGGUGCCUUAGUAAUGGAGGCUUUAACAACGUUAUUAGCGGGUAACGGUCAAAAUGCGAACGUCUUUAGAGAAUGCGGCGGCGCGCGCUGCGCUCAUAACUUAGUGCCCUACGUAGAUUGCCGGCAUCAAGCACUUGGUAUCGUGAGAGAAUUGAUACUUAGCGCCGGUGGCGACGACGAUAUGGCUACACUGUUGGGAGUUAUGCACUCGGCACCUCCUAAUGCCUUGAUUUUAAAGACACAUAUAUUAAAAUCUUUGCUAGCCUGUUUAAGAGAGUCACAUAGGACUAGAACGGUGUUCCGCAAGGUCGGAGGCUUCGUCUAUGUGAUGUCGGUCCUGGUGUCUCUGGAGGGCCAGUUGGGCCCGCAGAGGGCGGAGAAGAGCGAACCUUGUAACGACAUCGUGCAGAGGACGAUGCAGGACGAGAGCCAAUUGCUGACGUUGUUGCACGUGGUGUUCCAUACUAUAAGCACGGCUAUGCGAUUCGAGCCGGCGAACGCAAAAUUCUUCCACCUUGAGAUUUGCCAAUCGAGUUUGUGCGACACGUUGCGUCUCCUCGGAUGUUUCUCGACGCAAACGAGAAUCACCGAGAUGGACAUGAUACCCACGAUGAGCUAUCAGAACAUAUUGGUGUCGUUGUUCACUGGGAGCGUGUUGGAGCCAGUGUUCCCGGACGAGAUGCCAAAGACCCUAGGGUACGCGUGCUUGCUGUUGCGCUUGCUGUACGACGUGGCGCUUGACUCUUUCGACAAACCAAAUCUAGCUAGCUUAGGAAUAAGAUCGCCCAGCCACAAGCAAAACAGCGUGGAGCACAAGUCAUUCGAUUCGCCUGGGGGUGGCAAGAGGUGCAUCAUAAAUUCGUUAAAUCUGAGUCCACCCGCACCCGAGCCGAUCGUAGUUCAUCCCGGCAUAGUAGUGGGGAUGCUUCACCUGCUGCCGUCUAUAUCUGAGCCGUCUAAUCCACAAAUGGCACUAGCGCUGCAACUCUACGUAGCCGAAAUCAUCAAGAGCCUAGUGCGAUCGGAGAGAAAUCAGCAGGUGAUGUGCGAGGCCGGCAUGGCCGGGGAACUGUUGUCCAUCGGCAGAAUCGCUUUGCAGGACGAGACGCACCCGCUCCAUCAGCCUCUUCAGUACAUCAUCGAACGACUCGCGGCGCAGUCGCUCGAACCGAGGGACCUGAGAGAGUUUCUACGUUUGGGCGAUCCGCUGUGCUGCAUCUCGCUGGAUGAUAUCGAGCUGAAUAAGAAUAGAGGCGGACCGGUCCCUUUAACGCGGAUCAAGACGCUGGUGUCGAUGACCACGCCGAAGGAUUUCAGAGCUCACGGUUCGUGCACCCUGCCACCUUUCGUGGAGCUGGACAUGAGCGCCGAGGGAUUUGCUUGCUUGUACCUGCCGAGCGUCGCUCCGCAAAGUACCACACCCCCGACAGUUGUCUCUGCAGAUAAUAGUGUAUUAGGAGGAAUCGGGUCAGGCGACAGAUUGUUCCCACCACAGACCGGCUUAACAUACAGCACAUGGAUAUGUGUUGACAAGUUCAGUGAUCCUAGAACCGAUCCUCAUUGCGUGAGAUUACUCACUCUAGUGCGCACCCCGCAAUCCGCGAGAGAUUUAAUUUGCCUGACUGCUGUUCUCAGCGCUAGGGAUAAGGCCAUUAUCGUUUCCACGCAGGAGACGCCCAUCCCCAUUCACACGCAAAACGCAGGUGAAUGGGAGCCCGAAGGAACGGGUGAAUGUGGUGCCAGAGUUUGGUGUCCUGACUUGCUUCACGAAGGACAGUGGCAUCACAUAGCUAUCGUGCUGAACCGUGCGGUCCUUAAGAACUCUAGCUUCUCGUUGUACUUGGACGGCCAACAUAUUCACAGCCAGAAGCUUCAUUAUAUCACGCAAGUUCCUGGAGGUGGGGCGGCCAACUUGACUGUGGCCUCUCCGGUUUACGGGUACAUCGGUACGCCGCCCUGUUGGCGCAGGUACUCCAGACUGACGUGGAAGCAAGGCCCGUGCCAUUUGGUGGAAGAAGUGUUUAACUCUCAGAACAUCGCCACCUUGUUCAGAUUAGGGCCGCACUACAUGGGAAGCCUGCAAGCUCCGCAAUUGAGUGGUCCCGAGUCUCUGGCACCUCUCGUGGCCGAGGAGAAGGUUGUUUUUGGGCUAAACGCGAAAGCUAUGUCACAACUAACUUUAGCUAAAAUUAGGAAAGUGUACAGCCGAGCUGAUAAUAAAUCAAUCGCUAAACAGCUUGGUAUGUCGUCCCAUGAGAAUGCCACCCCUAUUAGAGUCCUCCACAACUCUGCGGGACAUCUUAGCGGUCCAGCCAGAGCAUUAGGUGGUGUAGUCGUCGGUUACCUCGGCGUCCGUGUGUUUAGUCCUAAGCCAGUAGCUACUAUGAUCGAUAAUGUAGGAGGAUGUUCAGUGCUGUUAGGUUUAAUAGCCAUGGCCCAGGACGUAGAAUCCCUGUACGCGGCAGUAAAGGCACUAGUCUGUGUAGUGAGAUCCAAUCAAGCGGCCCAACAGGAGAUGGACCGCAGGAGAGGAUACCAGACCCUCGCUAUGUUAUUAAGAAGGAAAUGCCCUCUCCUGAAUAGUCACAUACUGCACUUAACUUUCAGUCUCGUAGGUACAGUCGACAGCGGCAGGGAGACCAGCGCAAUUCCUAAUGUUACAGCGUUUCAGGAUCUCUUAUGCGACUUGCAGGUUUGGCAUGAAGCACCUGGAGAAUUGCUAAGGUCCCUGCUGGAACAUUUGUACGAGCUGAUAGCGGAGUCUAGUGAAAAACGGACUAAUUUACGUUUAAUGAGGGAUUUGCAACUGGUGCAUAAAUUAUUGCACAUCUUAGGCGACGUGAAACUAGGUAGCACAAGACAAAUCCUUCUGGGGCUCCUCAGUAUACUGUUAAGUCAACCACGACAAGCUGAUUUAUUAUGGUUUGGACAAUUCAUCGUAGCUACCUUACCGCUAUGUUCCGAGAAACACCUAGUUCUUAGAGAGGGAGAAGGAAACAGGGAUGGAGAGGGAGAGAGUAUACUUCUACGUAAUCGUUGCUUACACCUUUUGCAUUCGUUGCUGUUUAAUGGAACCAAAGUUAAUGUAAAUAUGUGUGAGGAGGUAGCCAAAGUUUUGGGCCUAGAUUGGGUGCUACUGUUUCUCCAGUCUGGUCUUCACAGCACUACGGUUGUCUGGGGAUUACGUAUACUUGUGGCGGUGUGUUCCGUGCAAUCGAUCCUGCAAAAGUUCAAGGAAGGAACGAGCAACGGUGGUUGGCUGCGCCAUACCGAUCGCAACAAAAUGGCACUAGCACUCGCUUGUCACCAGCAGAUGUCUACCGGCGAAAUUAAGCCAUCUGGUCUUCACGUACCAGGCUUUCAACAUCUGGGCUGGUUGCUUCCGCAACAUAUCGAUCUUGUCCCGGAACUUUAUUUUCUCUUCAUCGCUCUCAUGAUGGGGCAGCCUGUAAAGUUGCUGCCUACCGACUCGGAGCUCGAUCUGGAUAAUGUGUGGAACUUUAUGUUCGGAGUCCCGGCAAAUCACACGCUACCGUCCUUUGCUAGUAGAAUUAAUCUUUGCCCUGAGGCGAUGGUCACGUUACUGGCUAUGGUACGGACUAUGCUGAACAGUCAUUCAAAUAACCCCGAAGUCCUACCGGCGUGGUUAAAUGAUUAUCCCGUGACAAUAAUACAAUUCCUGUUCUUCCUUUACCGCAAUUUCACUGACUUUAUGCAAGUCUUCAUGUCCGCGGAAGUUCUGGGUGCCUUAGCCGGGACCUUAUUCCCGAAACCCGUGAGUUCUAGCCAGGAUAGCAGUGGUGCCAGCACUCCAGCCGAUGAGCAAGAACCGGUGUUGGUAAGGUCGCCGUCAAAGGACGUUGGCUUAACGAAUCAUCCGGCGAAGAAGUUCGUGAUGGACUUCUUCAAAGUUAUCGUCGUCGACUCGCUGUCGUUGCCGGUAACAGCGAAAUCGCCGGCGAUAGACCUCGUCCUGGAAGCGUGGCCGGAACAUGCGUCAACGGGACAGCAGAUGCGUUACCAGACGGAGGUGUUGUCCAUACUGAUGGAGCACUUGCUGGCCGCGGACGUGCUGAUAGGCGAGCAGGCCGCGCUACCUGUCGUUCCCGGCGGUUCGGUCAAUAAUAUUACCAACAACGUUUGCUACGUGGCAGCCAGAAUAGUUGACAAACUGUGGCAAGGCGCUCUGACAAAGGAUCCGCACGAGGUGUUCGACUUUAUCGUGAAAUUGAUCGGUCAAGCGAAAAGACGGCCCGGUGCUGUCAGCAUGGAAGGCCUUCAUCACUGCCUGAAUAGGACGAUCUUGUUCUUACUGUCACGUGCGACCGACUCUAUCGCCGAUCAAAUGGCUGUAUUAGAGGCAUUACAUAAACUUACUACUCAUAGAUUACUAGUGUUCGGAGCCGGCAACCACGAAUUGGAGUUCAUCGGUUGCCUGACGUAUUGCCUGUUGCAACUGACGGCUGACAUAAAGAUAAUGCUGGACACCAACAUGAAAACCACGUGGCACGUUAACCCGCAGGUAGAAUCCAGCGACGACAGACUAACGUCUCAUCAGGGGCAUAAUUUAAUGGCCGUAGCGGCAACGAGGGUCUGGGAGGAGUUGUACGUAUGUAAGAAGCCCGCGAUAGAGGAGGUCUUCAAGGUGACUCUGCCGACGCCCGUGGCCAACGAGCGAGCACCGGAGCUGGCGGUCGUGAGGGAACAGGUGCACGAAGCUGCGUCGAAACUUUGGCUGAAUUACGUGGUUUCUGAGAGGAGAGCCUCGUACAGAGUCCCAUGGGAACUCCACAAUCAAAUUCAGUCGAAAAUCCAGAAAGUGACCGGAGGGUUGACAAGACUGGCGAGCCGAACGAAGGUGCGAAAAGAGGAAUCCAUGCGCGUGAGACUCAGAUUACACCAGAACACCGUCGCUCAGUGGACGGAGGAGCACGUCGCAUUAGUCAGGGAACUCGCGGCGAUGAGACGUUUGCAGCACCAACAGACCAAUUUGCACACUCAGCGUUACGUGUAUCAAGAAUGGCUGCAAACCGAGACGGAACUGACGAGGGAGCGUGGUCUCUGGGGACCUCCAACAUCCACGAAACUCGACAAAUGGAUGUUGGACAUGACUGAAGGACCGUGUAGAAUGCGGAAGAAAAUGAUGAAGAACGAACUCUUCUACAUACAAUAUCCGUAUCGGCCUGAAUUAGAGCAUCCUGAUAAUAAACAGCUAAAGUACAAAGUAGCAACGAGCACAGAUAGCAAGGAAUACUACCUUAAGCAGCUCGGCAACUCGUCGGGAAUGUUUGAGCGCGAGCGAGAUCCUGUUAUAGACGAUAUACCGUUAAAUGUCAAUGAAGCUUCUACCGAGAGCGAGCCGCCGAUGGUUCCCUGCACGUUGGAACGACACGCUAGCGAGCCGGACGAGGCGCCUGAGGAUAACGAGCAGGAGGAGGAGAACAAUCAGGCUGUGCCAGACAAUCAAACCUUGUUGCGUCUGCUCGAGGAACACGAAAAGAUAAGCCACAUGUUCAGGUGCGCGAGGAUCCAGGGCUUGGACACCACCGAGGGUCUCCUAUUAUUUGGGAAGGAACACUUCUACGUGAUCGAUGGAUUCACACUGUCGAAAUCUAGAGAAAUAAGAGACAUAGAGAGCUUGCCGGAGGCAUACGAGCCGAUCUUGCCGUCGCCUGGGUCUCCCAGACGGUCUAGAGCGAUGAGGCAAUGCUCCAAGUUCAAUUACGAAGACAUCAGGGAAGUGCACAAGAGGCGAUACUUGUUGCAACCCAUGGCACUGGAAGUAUUCAGCGGAGACGGGAGAAACUAUUUACUGGCGUUUCCAAGAAAAGUCCGGAACAAAGUCUAUCAAAGAUUCAUGACGUUCGCUACCGCGAUCGCUGACAGCGCUCAGCAAUCCGUGGCCGGUCAGAGACGAACGGCGAACGUCGAGCAGGCUACUGGCCUGCUCUCGAAUCUUAUUGGAGAAACUUCAGUUACCCAGAGAUGGGUGAGAGGAGAGAUAUCCAAUUUCCAAUACCUGAUGCACCUGAACACUCUAGCGGGUCGUAGCUACAACGAUCUCAUGCAAUAUCCGAUAUUUCCGUGGAUCUUGGCCGAUUACGACAGCGAGGAGCUCGAUCUCACGGACUCGUCGACGUUCAGGGACUUCGGCAAACCGAUGGGUGCGCAGAGUCCCGAGCGAUUGUUGCAGUUUAAGAAGAGGUACAAAGAAUGGGACGAUCCGCACGGAGAGACUCCUCCUUAUCACUACGGCACGCAUUACUCGUCGGCGAUGAUAGUGUGCUCGUAUCUCGUGAGGAUGGAACCAUUCACGCAGCAUUUUCUCAGAUUACAGGGUGGACACUUCGAUCUAGCCGACAGAAUGUUCAAUAGCAUAAAGGAAGCGUGGCUGUCCGCUUCGAAGCAUAACAUGGCCGACGUAAAGGAGCUUAUUCCGGAGUUCUUUUACCUCCCGGAGUUCCUUGUCAAUUCAAAUCAUUUUGAUCUAGGCUCUAAGCAAAGUGGUGUUCAACUCGGCGACAUCGUUCUUCCACCCUGGGCGAAGCAGGAUCCUCGCGAAUUUAUCCGUGUACAUAGACUCGCGUUAGAGUGCGACUACGUGUCCCAGCAUCUCCAUCAGUGGAUCGAUUUGAUAUUUGGGUGCAAGCAGAACGGUCCGGCGGCCGUUGAGGCCGUCAACGUGUUCCACCAUCUGUUCUACGAAGGCAACGUUGACAUCUACAACAUCGACGACCCGCUUAAAAAGAACGCGACUAUCGGUUUCAUCAAUAAUUUCGGCCAGAUACCUAAGCAAUUAUUCAAGAAGCCGCAUCCGGCGAAGAAAAUGACGCAGAGAACCAGCGUUAUAGACCCGGGACCCAUCACCCCUGGACUCAGCAUUACCACGUCUGACAAAUUGUUCUUCCAUAAUCUCGACAAUUUGAAACCUUCGUUGCAGCCCAUCAAAGAACUGAAGGGCCCCGUUGGGCAAAUAUUGCACGUCGACAAAGCGGUACUGGCGGUGGAACAGAACAAGACGCUCAUCCCUCCCUCGUACAACAAGUACGUGGCAUGGGGCUUCGCCGAUCACUCCCUCAGAAUUGGCAAUUACGACAGCGACAAGGCGAUCUUCGUCGGCGAGGCUAUGAUGCAGAGCAGCGGGGAGAUAGUAGCAUGCGUUUGCCCGUCUUCCAAACUGAUAGUUACUGCUGGCACUAGCUCUGUCGUGACCGUUUGGGAAUACGCCAAGCGACAGCUUUCUAUAAAGCAGUGCCUGUACGGACAUACCGAUGCCGUCACGUGCUUGUCAUCCAGCCCCGCGUAUAACGUCAUCGUGUCUGGGUCGCGAGACGGUACGGCGAUUAUAUGGGACUUGUCCCGGUGCUUGUUCGUGCGCCAGCUUAGGGGCCACGCGGGACCGGUAGCCGCAGUGGCUAUAAACGAAUUGACGGGAGAUAUAGCCACGUGCGCAGCUACGUGGUUACACGUGUGGAGUAUCAACGGAGAAGAGUUGGCGAGCGUCAACACGUGCGUCGGCCGCGCCGACAGAAUGCAGCAGAUAUUGUGCGUUGCUUUCAGUCAGACUCAUGAAUGGGACUCCCAGAACGUCAUCAUGACCGGCUCCACCGAUGGCGUUGCACGUAUGUGGUCGAUGGAUUAUGUGCAAGUGCCUGCGGAAGAGGAGAAGCCCGAGGAGGUGGUGACCACCAAGCAAAAGAACGAAGUACAAAACACCGAGGUGAAUCAAACUGAAACGACGAUGAAGAGAGUUCAAGAACUGGUCAAACAAAUGAGCAUAUCCGCCGAGGGAUCGGGUAUACUUAUGAAAAGUGGAUCCGAGAGUAGUCUCUCCGAAGCGGAAAACGCUAAAGAAGCUUCCCGACACCACGAGGAGAAGGAAGAGUGCUCCGAUAACGAAUCGAGUAAUGGUUCUAGCAACAAACCUUCGCCACAGAAUAAUCAUGCGUCUCUGGUAGUGUUGCGCAGGAAAAGUCGCGGAAACCCGAUGUUCAGGAAAAGCGAGGGCGGCGGACGCGCCGAUAGCGAGGGCACGCAGACUAGCGAAUCUGCCAGCAACCCAGGAGACUCCGAGGGAGCAUUAAGAGCUAGCAAAAGCGAUACUAGUUUAACCGACAGCUUCGUGAUGGUGAACGAGGCCGACACAAAACCGCGGAAGAUCAAUCCGCAGAAUAUUCUGCGAGACGGUUUCAAGUGGCAGAGGCAAUUGGUGUUCCGCAGUAAAUUAACGAUGCAUACUGCCUACGAUCGCAAGGACAAUGCCGAACCAGCGUCCAUCACAGCUCUGGCCGUGUCGAGGGAUCACAGGACAGUGUACGUAGGUGAUACUCGCGGUAGAGUAUUUUCCUGGAGCGUAUGCGAACAGCCUGGCCGCACGGUUGCCGAUCAUUGGCUGAAAGACGAGGGCGCGGACUCCUGCGUUGGCUGUGGUGUCAGAUUCAAUCUGUACGAAAGAAGGCACCAUUGUCGCAACUGCGGACAAGUAUUCUGCUCGAGAUGCAGUCGCUUCGAGUCCAAGAUAUCCAGGCUCGGUAUUUUGAAGCCAGUUAGAGUCUGUCAGGGCUGUUACUCGUCAUUACGGUCUCAGAAUAACUCUACAGAGAGUAAUACUUAAUGCGACAGCGCGGAACUCUCGUCUUACGUAAGUCGUUAAACUAUAUGGAGGACCUAGUGGGUUGUAAAUAUUUAUGUGUACCUACUAAUUGUUUAAAUGAAUUUUCUGUACACGCAAAACGACGUUCCGUCUCCUUUCGCGUGCGUGAACUGGACGUGCAAUCUAUAUAUCGCAUUUCGUUCUCUUUUUUACGAAUUUUUUUAAUGCAGCUGCGAUUCUAUUUGUAUCUGCAAAAAAAGCAAAGGUUGUUGCAUUUUUAUUUCGACAUUUCCAUUAAUUAGCUAAUUCGAUUGAGGAAACCAGAAUAGUGUGAUUAGCGUAGUUGUGCACUAGAUUGUACAUUCCUGUCGAUUGUAUUAAGAGGUAUUACGCGUAAGAGAUAGUUAACUCGAAAGAGACAAUUUUAAUAUAUGUUAAAAUGUUAGUUAAUGAUGACAUACAUUUUGGUUGUUUUAUUGUCGACAGGUCUGUAUUGUAUACACGUACAUACGUACACACUGAUUUUUCAUUAUUUCUCUAGUUUUGAAAUUAUUGAAUUUAUAAAUAUGGAUUAUAUCGAAAUUGAGCUAUAUAAAUUACCCACGAGGUUUACACUAAGAGAAACACAAGACAUACUUUCCAAAUGUUUCUGAUUAAAAUUCUCAUCUUUUUUACACGUUUUACUUUACACAUGCCUGCAUGUUCUUCAUGCACAAUAAUGCGUUAAGAACGAUGCUAACGUGCAAAAUUUACAUUCAUUAUAAUUGCGUCGUGUAAUGCCUCAUUAUAUUAUCAUUGAUCGUGAUUAUACAUUAUAAUGUUAAGUGUAUGAUAUAUAUAAUCUGUGAUUUUACUUUUUUCUACUUUAAUUUAAUAAUUGAUCGAAGAUAUUUAUCGCCUAUGUUGUUACGACUUGACUAAUCAGGAAAGUUAUGUGAUCACUCUCAUAUAGAUGAACGUAUUUCUUAAUUUGUUGUCACGUGAUGACUUAAUUGAUUUUGUUUUAUAUUUUAUGAUUUAUAUACACUUGUUAUAUUUUAUGAUCCUUAGAGGGAAUGCCAAUUUGGGAAGUAUUUCUUUCUGGUGCAAUUGUAAUAAUUUUUUUGUUAUACAGUGUAUACCUUCUUGUGACUUUUCUAUCGCGUACGGUACGUAUAAUCGCUAUUUAAAAAACUGUACUACGAUUUACAAAGGUAUAUAUUAUUGUAAUGUACUCCUGGUCUUUUACCCAAAGAUAUAGAAAUCAUAACUUCAUAAUAGACAAUACUGUAUCUACGUAACAUGUUAUUAAUUAUAAGACACUUAAACAAAACCAUAGAUAAAAUAAUGAGCUAAUAGCUAUAUGAAAACACCGACUAAUGUCAUUAGGAAUGACGUGAAGAAAUACAAGUGGAAUACAAGUGGUCGUUUAAAAGUUGAAAAUUGUGACUCUUAUGUAUAAGAGAUUAAUUAUUAAUGGGAUUGAUUUUCGUGGUAAAUUAUAAGAGGUUUUCUAUUUGAAAUAUUUUUAAAGUUUAUUACACAUUCGUCAGAGUUACAAAUAGGCAUCAUCUAAAGGUUUAAGUUUCUUAUAAUACGAACAAUCAAUACGAACGUGAGCGGAAAGCAUUUGAGGAAUUUACUAAUUCGAUUUUAACAUCAAGUGCGAAAUUUAUAUUGUCACUCGAACAAUCGACUCUACUGUUUGUAUUCUCUAAUGAUACGUCGCUACUUCCUUGAAAGCACAAAUUUUAUAGGAGACAUGAAUUGAAGCAAACGGUACAAUCACGUUAUAGGCGAAUACAUUUCGACCGGAUUAUUUCUAACGUUACUCUAUGUUAAUGCAGACCGAUGUAUUAUUAUAUAAGUGCAAUAUGCUGUCAAGUAUUCUGUGAACAAGUGUACAAGAUAAGAAAGUCGCGGUAGGCAAUAGGUGACGAAACACGAAGGGAAUAUUGGCAAUCUAACAUGUGUGGAUUACGCCUCAGACUCAUCAUCAUGCAUAGCAAAUAUACUUACGUGCUACUCCACAUCUGUUGGUUCAAAUUACACGUCGUCAAUUAUUUACUUUUGCCUUUUAUUUGAACGGGGUCUCCCAGACCUCGAUAACCGACUGUCUAAUGAACUGUAUAUCAUUUAAUGACACAUAUAUUUUCAUAAGAGUAGAGCUGAUGCAUUUUACUUUGGAGAUAAUUCACCGAGCCGAUAUUCGUUAUUUUUUUAGAGAAAUAUACCAAAGGGAAUUACAAAUGCUUAGACAAAUUAGAUAAUUAUAAGUUGCGGGAAAAAUCGUGAGAAGAUAUAUUAGGUUGUUGCUGUAACAACGUGCAUAGUUUAAGCCGUAAAACAUCAUGUGGCAUUACCAUUACAGAUUUGACUAUGAUUUCUAGUCACAUAAAGCAUAAGUGUACAACAUACAAAUCUGUUUUUGCCUUACAAAAUAUUUUACUGUAUUAUUUUAUAUAGAAAAAAAAACUAUUAUUUAUAAUUAUUGUAUAAAUGAAAUAUAUUACUAGAUACCAUAAUGAAUACGGUUUAUCGUAUAAUUUAAACCAGAGGAGUAAGGGAAACGCUCUCCUAAAACAUUCUAGAUUAUGCUGUUGUUAUACUACAAUACAAAUCGCUCUCGCAAAUAUAAUAACUAUAUAAUGGCAUUAAUGUUGUCAGAAAGUUUGCAGUAAUUUGACAUGCAGGAUGCUCCAAUAAAGCAGUACACCAUUUUUUUUUUAUUUACAGAUUAUAUUCUCUUUUCAUUUAUCGUACUUUAUACACGUGUGGUAUAGUAGUAUAACAGCCGUACGAUUCUUCUGUAGGAUGGUAUCUGCGAUAAGAGAUCGUUUUAUUACUGUAUUAGCGAAUUUUCGUGAAUCAUAUUUUCACAGUAUUUUUUUACAUAGACGUACAGAGGACAUUUUUCAUUAAAUGAAAUGAAUGACGCGACUUGUCACUUUAUUUAAUACGAUUAUUAUCCACCGAGAGAUGGAUUUGAUAGAAUAAUAAGAGAACACUGUGCAUUAUACAGUUAGACCUCAAACUGUAUAUAAGUAGAAUGGAGAGAAAAAAAAACAUCUGAAGAUAUUUAUUGCUUAAAAAUGUAUGAUACGAGGUAGAUCUUAGAGAGUAAUAUAUAUAAAUAUACAUAUAAAUAUAUUGUAAUACCCCGAUAAUACGUCUGACGGAUGUGUGAACCUUCACGAGUGCGUUUACGUGCGUAUGUGAAUAUACAUUUGCCACCCACGCGCAUAGGAAUUAUACAUGUAUACAUAUAUAUAAUACCAAUCAUAUUAUACAGAUAUAAAUAUAUAAAUAUAACGUGUAGUUUUAGAACGAUUGUACUGUUAGUUGAUAUUCGUAUAUAACACUGUAUAGUAGAUUCUGAUUGGUAUAUAAUUAUAUUGAAUGGGCCAAA